GAUCCCAGACAUGGAAAACUUCGUCUUGUAUGAGGAGAUUGGCAGAGGAAGCAGGACUGUCGUAUAUAAGGGGCGCCGGAAAGGAACCAUCAAUUUUGUAGCCAUCCUUUGUACUGAGAAGUGCAAGCGGCCUGAAAUCACCAACUGGGUCCGUCUCACCCACGAAAUAAAACACAAGAACAUUGUAACUUUCCACGAGUGGUACGAGACCAGCAAUCAUCUCUGGUUGGUGGUAGAGCUUUGCACAGGUGGUUCUCUAGAAACCGUGAUUGCUCAGGAUGAGAACCUCCCAGAAGAUGUCGUGAGAGAGUUUGGGGUGGACCUGGUCACAGGGCUGCACCAUCUCCACAGGCUGGGCAUCCUCUUUUGUGACCUUUCUCCCGGGAAGAUACUCUUGGAAGGGCCUGGAACACUGAAGUUCAGCAAUUUCUGCCUGGCAAAGGUAGAAGGGGAGAGUCUGGAGGAGUUCUUCGCUUUGGUGGCAGCAGAAGAAGGAGGUGGUGACAGUGGAGAGAAUGCACUGAAGAAAAGCAUGAAGACCCGCGUCAGAGGCUCUCUGAUCUAUGCGGCUCCGGAAAUCGUGAAGGGGACUGAGUUCUCCGUUACCAGUGACCUCUGGUCUUUGGGCUGUCUACUUUAUGAAAUGUUUUCAGGGAAACCCCCAUUCUUCUCAGAAACAGUAUCAGAAUUAGUUGACAAGAUUCUGUAUGAAGACCCAUUGCCACCAGUCCCAAAAGACUCUUCAUUCCCCAAAGCAUCCUCAGAUUUCGUUAACUUGCUGGAUGGAUUGCUGCAGAAGGAGCCUCAAAAAAGAUUAUCCUGGGAGGGAGUUCUGCAGCACCCCUUCUGGAAGGACGCCCUGCGGAGAGAAGACUCAGACUCGGCCUCCGAGGACUCCCCCUUCAGCAGAAACGUCAUGGAAUGUUCUGGACCACAUGAUUCCAGAGAGCUUUUGCAGAGCCCUAAGAAUGGACAAGCCAAAGGGCAGAAGGCAGCUCAUCGGCUCAGCCAGUCGUUCAGGCUAGAAAACCCAACUGAGCUGAGGCCCAAGAGCAUCAUGGGAGGCCAGCUGAAUGAAUCCAUAUUUCUCCUCAGUUCACGUCCCACGCCAAGGACUAGCGCCAUGGUGGAAUUAAAUCCCGGAGAGGGUGAGGACCCCAGCUCACCUCAGAAGACCUCUCCUUUAUCCAAGAUGACAAGUGGGCACCUGAGCCAGGGGGCCUUGGAGUCCCAGAUGAGAGAGCUGAUCUACACGGACUCGGAUCUUGUGAUCACCCCAAUUAUAGACAAUCCGAAGAUAAUGAAACAACCUGCAAUCAAGUUUGAUCCAAAAAUCUUGCACCUACCGGCAUAUUCUGCGGAGAAGUUGCUGGUCCUCAAGGACCAAGACUGGAAUGACUUCCUACAGCAGGUGUGCUCCCAGAUCGACUCCAGCGAGAAGAGCACGGGGGCACUGCGGGCCAAGCUGAACCUCCUGUGCUACCUGUGUGUGGUGGCCACACACAAGGAGGUGGCCACCAGGCUGCUUCACUCCCCGCUGUUCCAGUUGCUAAUCCAGCACCUGCGGAUAGCUCCUAACUGGGAUAUACGGUCCAAGGUUGCUCGGGUGGUCGGCAUGCUGGCCUUGCACACAGCAGAGCUUCAGGAAAAUGUGCCUGUUAUCGAGGCGAUCACACUCUUAACUGAACUAAUCCGGGAAAACUUCAGGAGUGGCAAACUGAAGCAGUGCCUUCUGCCCACCCUUGGGCAGCUUCUCUACCUCGUAGCCACCCAGGAAGAAAAAAAUCAGCACUCCAGGGAAUGCUGGGCCGUCCCCCUGGCUGCAUACACUGUGCUUAUGAGGUGCCUCCGGGAAGGGGAGCUGAGAGUUCUAGCCCUGUGCAGGAUCACGCGGCAGUCUCCUACCGCCUUCCAGAAUGUCAUCGAGAAGGUGGGUCUCAAUGCAGUCAUCAGCUCCCUGGCCUCUGCUAUCUGCAAAGUGCAGCAGUACAUGCUGACCCUGUUCACAGCCAUGCUGUCCUGUGGGAUUCAUCUCCAGCGGCUGAUCCAAGAGAAGGACUUUGUCUCCACAGUCAUCCGUUUACUUGACAGUCCGUCCACUCCCAUCCGAGCCAAAGCCUUCCUGGUGCUGCUGUACAUCCUGAUUCAUAACCGGGACAUGCUGCUGCUGAGCUGCCAAGCGAGGCUGGUGAUGUACAUCGAGAGAGACAGCAGAAAGACCUCCCCAGGCAAGGAACAGCAGAGUGGGAAUGAGUACCUGGCCAGGUGCCUGGACCUCCUCAUCCAGCACAUGGUACAGGAGCCACCGCGGAUCCUAGGUGAUAUUCUCAACGCCCUGGCAAACGUGUCCGGCCGGAAGCAUCCAUCUACGGUCCAGGGGAAGCAGCUGAAGAUGUGUCUACCCAUGAUGCCUGUGGUGCUUCACUUGGUGAUGUCACAGGUAUUUCGGCCUCAGGUUGUGACGGAAGAGUUUCUCUUCAGCUAUGGAACUGUUCUUAGUCAUAUUAAGUCAAUUGACUUGGGGGAAACGAACAUAGACGGAGCCAUAGGCAUCGUGGCAUCUGAGGAGUUCAUCAAGAUCACCCUGUCGGCAUUCGAAGCAGUGAUCCAGUACCCGGUUCUGCUGGCCGACUACCGCUCGACGGUCAUGGAUUAUAUUUUGCCGCCCUUGGUCUCCUUGGUUCAAAGUCAGAAUGUGGAGUGGAGACUCUUCAGCUUGCGGUUGCUCUCAGAGACCACAACCCUGCUGGUGAGCCAGGAGCCGGAGGAUGGUGAUGAAGAGGCCAGCUGUGAUUCUGAUAGCAGUCUCCUGGCGCUCAUCAGGGAUGAGCUACUACCCCAGUAUGAGCACAUCCUCAUGGAGCCCGACCCAGUUCCCGCCUAUGCUCUGAAGCUGCUCGUCGCCAUGACAGAACACAACCCAGCUUUCACCAGGCUUGUGGAAGAAAGCAAACUUGUCCCUCUCAUUUUUGAAGUAAUUCUGGAGCAUCAGGAGAGUAUUCUGGGUAAUACCAUGCAGAGUGUGAUUGCGUUGCUCAACAACCUGGUUGCCUACAAAGACUCGAACAUGCAGCUGCUGUAUGAACAAGGACUCGUUGGUCAUGUCUGUAACAUGUUCACAGAAACUGCCACUCUGUGCUUGGACAGGGACAAUAAAACCAACACAGAGCCAGCGUCCACACUGCUGGCCUCUCUGCUCGACAUCCUGCUGGGCAUGCUGACCUACACUUCCCGGAUCGUCCGGCAGGCUUUGCAGGUCCAGAAGUCAGGCUCAAGAGGGGACACACAGGCUGCAGAGGACCUGCUGCUUCUUAGCAAACCACUCACCGACCUCAUCAGUCUGCUCAUCCCACUGCUUCCCAGUGAGGACCCUGAGAUCUCCGAGGUUUCGUCCAAGUGCCUGUCCAUCCUGGUGCAGCUGUAUGGAGGAGAGAACCCUGAGAGCUUGUCCCCAGAGAACCUGGUGACCUUUGCCAACCUCCUGAUGACCAAGGAGGACCCGAAGGACCAGAAGCUUCUGCUAAGGAUCCUCAAGAGGAUGGUAACGUCCAAUGAGAGGCUCUUGGAAAGCCUCAAGAACACAGGCAGCCUUCUGCAGGCCCUGGAGCGCCUGGCUCCAGCUCACAGCUCACCCGUCGAUACUGUUGUGGCUUCCUUGGCCCUGGAACUCCUCCAGGCUGUUGGGCAUUAGACAACAUCCCGUGGCCCCC